AUGGCUGAAAGACUGGUUCCUGUCAUAUCUCUCAAAGACUUUGAGCAACGCAAGGACCAAAUCACAGCAGAGCUGAUGGAAGCAGCCGAGUAUGCUGGCUUCUUCACUCUAGUUGAUCAUGGCAUUUUGAAGGAAGAAAUCGAGGCUCAAUUCUCUAUUUCCAAGACAUUCUUCGAUCUCCCGGCUGAGACGAAGGGCAAGACUCCCCACGAUCCAAAAACCAACAAUGGAUGGGAAUAUAUGGCUCAGUUGCGUCCCAGCACCGGUACAUACGACCAGAAGGAGUCACUUUGGCUCCGACACAAUUCCGAUUGGCCAAGUGAUGAUGAUGUGCCGGGGUUUCAAAAUACAACCCGUGAGUUCAUGAACAAAUGUGCUGGCAUUUCGGACCAAGUCUUAACAUGCUUCGCUCGUGGACUUGGAUUUAAAGAAGACUAUUUUAAGAUAGCCAACGAUCCUUCUCAACCGGACUGCCUUACUCAACUUCGACUAAUCCAUUAUCCAGCAUCCGAAAAUUCUAUCGGAACAUGGAGGGCAGGAAGUCACACUGAUGUCGGAUGCCUUACUCUUUUAUUUCAGCGCGAUGGAGAAGACGGACUCGAAAUCUGCCCUGGCCGAGAGAGUCAUUCCAGUUUUGCAAGUGGCGAUGUCUUCACCCCUCUUCCAGCUGAAACAGGUCCUAUUGUCGUCAAUAUUGGAGAUAUGCUCAUGGCUUGGUCAGAUGACCGUUUGAAAUCCAACUUUCACCGAGUGCGGGCUAAAGAGUACGGUAUGUCGCCGUCUCGAUACUCAAUUGCUUAUUUCAACCAAGCAAGACGCGACUUCGUACUGCAGGGACCGCUGAAGAAAUAUCCCGCCAUUACCGUUGGCGAGUACGUUGCCCAGGCAGUCGCUAAGAACUUCAGUCCGUCGAUGAGAGCAGCGGCAUGA